AGACGUAGGUGCGGUUAGAUGCGAGAAUAAAAUAUAUAUAGAUAUCCACGUACCAUGUACACAACAUACCAUUAAAUAAAAGGCUUUUAAUUAAUUGCGUAUAAUCGAUAUACAGACAAUAUUAUUGUUAUAAAUUCAGUAGCGUUUGAAAAUCGAUCGUUAUUCCAAGACGAUGAGUAUGUAACAAGCAUUACUUUCCACCACUUGACUUCUUAACCCGUGGAGCGCGAUGUAAAUUACUUAAUUCGCGUUUUCAAUUAGAAGAAUAGAAGCAGCAGAGCGAAUAUUGAACUUCUUAACUUUAUAUACAUACGACAAUAACGAGACGUUAUUCUCUCAAACUGACAAUGAGUUUAUAAAGAGCACCAAUUAGAAGUUGCGCGAAUAAUUUUUUAAUUUACUAUUGUUUUUCCCCAAGUGAAUUUGAAAUAUGUGCAAACGAAGCUGGAUUACCGUCAUUAUGACCGUUAUUUUCGGUUCAAAUUUAACUUCUUCUGUAAAAAUAACACGAUUUCACGUUCCCAGUAAAGUUAGUCACAGUGCUCUUUUAGACUGCAAAUACAAUUUAGAAGGCGAACAAUUAUAUGAUGUUACAUGGUAUAAAGACGAUCAGCAGUUUUUUAGGUGUAGACCAAACGGCGAAAUUAUUACAUAUGUUAUAGAAGCAAUUAAAUUAGAUUAUUCAGAAAAUGCUAUCCUAGGAUCUUGUCAAGUUACCUUAAUGGCCCUUACGCCAAAAUCUUCGGGAAUUUACAAAUGCGAGGUCAUUUCGGAAGGCCCAACAUUUAAUUCUGAUUCGAAAUCCGUAUAUCUCGAUGUUGUAGAUGCACCUUUAAUUCAAGAACAUCUUUUUACUGGAUCGUCGUCUAUAAAUAGGCACAAUGAGAGUGAUGAACUUCCAUCGACUUCAGAUCGAUCUGGAUCGACAAGCGGAUUGUCCUUUCCACAUCUUACAAAUACACUUUUAUUUAUGUACCAACUUUAUAAAUUAUAUUUUAAUCAUUAAACAAGCAAUUUUCAUAAAGCUGUAUUUAAUUCUUCAUACUAAUACUUACAUCAAAACUUUAACAUCUGCAAUUGAGCCAAUAGCAAGUUAAGGUGUAAUUACAUACAUCGUUGUUAGAGAUCUUUACGAAAACCUUUUUAUAUUUGUGAUGAUUCCCCUUACAUGAACAUCCAUAUGUUUAUCGAGAUGGUCUUUCACAGAAAACCUAUUUUGACACACCUGACACUUGUACACUUCAGUAUGGAUGCGAAAAUGUCUAGAUAAGUCCGCUUUUUGGACAAAAAAUUUACUGCAAAUGGGACAUUCAAAUGGACGUUCGCCCGCCUGCAAUGUAUGAUGACUCAUUGAAUCACCUCUGAAAAUUAUAAAAAUUUAUUUAAUAGUAUGAAAUAUGCAGUAGCAAUUAAACGCAAAAUCAACUAUAUAUUCUAGUAAUACUAAAAAUUUUGCCCACUCCAAGUGAUUACACUCACUGCCCAAUCUAAAGUGACGAACUUUUGACUUUAAAUUAACAACAAUAACAUUAACAAAUAAAUAUAUAUUUGAACAAUUCCUACUUAACUGAUAUAGCCUUCCAACUCUUUUGCGCUUGUUAAUUUCUUCACGGUGCCUUUCACGAUAUCUCUGUUGUCU